UGGACCCCUGCGCGCACUGCCGGCACAUUUCUAAAGUCUGGCACCGACUGGACCGUCCGCCACCCGGGGAUCCGAACCCAUAUGGAAAGAGCGCGUGCUGGCAGAAGCAGGGUCCCCGCGUGUCGCUCCCUCCUCGGCCUGAGUUUUGAAGAGCGUGAGCCAUGACUCUCAGCUCAGAGAUGUCCGAUGCCUCCAUCCUCUCGGAAGAGACCGACAUCGACGUGGUGGGCGAGGGAGAGGAUGGGGACCACCGGACGCGCUCCUACGUGGAGGAAGUGGCGGAGAUGGGGGAGGACAUCCUGCUGUCCGGCUCCUCUCCGCCUCCCGCCGGCCUGGAUGGCUCCAGCGCUUCCCGGGAUUCCUACAAGGCGACGGGCAAGAACAGCCUGGUAAAGCCCCCCUACUCCUACAUCGCCCUGAUCACCAUGGCCAUCCUGCAGAGCCCCAAAAAGAGGCUCACCCUCAGUGAAAUCUGCGACUUCAUCAGCAACCGCUUCCCCUACUACCGGGAGAAGUUUCCGGCCUGGCAGAACUCCAUCCGCCACAACUUGUCCCUCAACGACUGCUUCGUCAAGAUCCCGCGGGAGCCGGGGAACCCAGGCAAGGGCAACUACUGGACUUUGGACCCGGAAUCAGCAGAUAUGUUCGACAACGGCAGCUUUUUGAGGCGGAGGAAGCGCUUCAAGAGGCAGCAGACGCAGGACUUGCUGCGGGAACACAACGCCUUCAUCCCGGCGGCCGCGUACGGAUACGGGCCGUACGGCUGCGGGGGAUACGGCAUCCAGCUGCAGUCCUACCACACGCACUCGGCUCUUUUCGCCUUCCAGCAGCAGCAGCAGCAGCAGCAACACUCCUCCAGAGGAACCAUGAUCCCCGCUCCGUCUCUGAUGCCCAACACCACCUCCAGCGCUACGGACUUACCCAGGAGGUUCUAUCCGCAGAUGAGCGCGCCGGCUGCCUCCCCCGUCUCCCCUGUCCACAAGUCCAACUCCCCGGUGCACCGCUCCCCCUUCUCCAUAGAAAGCAUCAUCGGAGGGUCGCUGAGCCCCUCCAGGACUCCCCCGGUCGCUGUGCCGGUGCUCGCCUCGUCGCUGGGGCCUGCAAGGGCCAACCAGCUUGAAAACUUUCCCAACAGAAUAAUCAAUGGCACUAGUGGCUGUUAAGCAACUUUUUUCUCUCUUAAAAUACAGCAGCAAAAACAAAAAUAACGCCCCACGUAUGAAGGUAGGAUGAUUUUUGUAUUUGAUAGCUCGCAGCUGAAUGACGGACAUGAAACAAAGAAUAACACUGUGCCUAAAUUCACGCUAUCAUCAGGUUGUGAUUUCAGUUUCAGGGCGUCUCAGGACAAAUCACGUUUUAUCUCCUCCUCGAAAAAAAAAUAGGCUUAAAAAUAAUAAUUAAUAUUAUUAUAAUAAUGUAUUUUGUGUCAAACACAUGUUGUCUUUUUAGUUUGGCGAAACCAGAUUUAAACACAGAAGUUUAUCAGAUAUGCAGUGUGUGUUUAUUUCAGUCAUGAAACGACGAUGUACAGUUUUUGGGGAGGAAGAUUAUUGUGUAAUUGAAGUGUGAUAUUUUUACACCGUUUGUUUUUGUUUUUUUCUUUUUCAAAAAAUAAAUCGUUUUUCAAG